GCUUUGCACCCCACUAAAAUAGAUACGGAAUUUAAAUUUCCGUAUCAAUACAGAAAAUAAAAUUCCGUAUCUGUUUUAGUAUAUAAUGAGUGGUUGAAAAUGUGACACGCAUGCUUAAAUACAGUACGGAAUUUUAAGUUCCGUAUUCAAUAUGGAGAAUACGGAACUUUAAAUUCCGUAUUUGAUAAAGUGGGGUGCCAAGCCCCAUAGGUGGGGUGCCAAACCCAACUCCCCUCAUCAUGUGUUCAAUUCUGAGAGUUAAAGUUACCAUAACCAAGGUUAGUGAUUCUGCAACUUCUGUGCCACCACUCAACUGUCUCUGAAAUGGGUCACAUGCCAUUAAAACCCACCUUCACCUUGUGAGAGAGAGAGAACCCAAGUCCCAGAGUUUCAUUUUUAUUUUAUUUUUCCCUUCUCUUUCUCGAGAAAAUCCACCUUUUUCUAUGCUUUGAAGGUACUCUUUUGGAGUGUUGUAGUUAAAGUUACCAACGUUGCUGUGUUGGGUAACUUUGGCAUUUUGGGAUAUCAUAGCUUUGAUUUGUUUGUUGCUGUUCUUCUGUUGUGGUGGUGAUUUUGGAAGUUUCUCAUGAUGCCAGAAAAGGUGGAGAAAAACAAGCCUUUUUGGUCUAAUCCAAUACUCAAUUGGCGUGUUGGGUUGCUCACAGUUCUUGUUUUGGUUGGCAUGUUCGUGAUUUGGAGUGUUGAUGGCUGCACUGUUAGCAACUUCAUUGAUGCUUGGAGGUACCAUCAAGAUUCUUUUUCUCUAAGGUCUCAUUCUCCUAAUGUGUCUCAUUCACAUCAAAAUAUCAGUUUUAUUCCCCCUUAUAGUCCUGUUAGUUUGAAUCAAAACCAAACCAAUACUACAAACUUUGAUUCCUACAGUGAAACAGUUUCUGCUGUGAAAUCUAGUUUAUCUGAUAAGCUUGAGAAAACUCCAGUUAGAGCUGAAGUUCUGGGGCAUUCAACUUGGCUUUCAACUGAAUUAGAGCCCAAUUUUACUUCAAAUCUUCUAGCUAGAUGGUUAGCUCGUGGAGGAGAACCUUGUAAAGAUUCUAAGACUGUGAAAAUUUCAAUUCCUGGGUUGGAUAAUGAUGGGAAAAUGAUUGAGCUUUCAGCUGGAGAUUUGCAUGAGUUUAGUUUUCAAGCAUUGGAUGAUUUAGGGAAGCCUCGCUGUUUAGGUGGGGAUUACUUUGAGACUGAUCUUUCAGGUGAAUCAUGGAAAUCUAGGCCUUUGGUGAAGGAUUUCAGUAAUGGUUCUUACUCCAUUUCACUGCAGGUCCAUCCUGAUUUUAAUGGGGUGUACAAUCUCACUGUAAUUUUACUUUAUAGACACUUUGAGGGUCUGAAAUUCACUCCAUGGAAAUUUGUUUAUGAUAGAUUGCUUUGCAAUGUUCAAAUCAGAUUCUACAAAAGCACUGCUCGGUUACCGGAACUAGAGACUUGCAAAGCUUCUGAUUUUGGCAAGGAUGUUUGGUGUGGAAGGUGGACAAGGCAUGGGAAAAAUGAUGAUUGCCAGAUAGGUAAUGAUGGUAGGUAUAGAUGCUUAGCACCUGAUUUUCCUUGCAAAGCUCCAUGGUGUGAUGGUUCCUUGGGAAUUCUAGAGAGUAAUGGUUGGGUUUACUCAGCACAUUGCUCAUUCAAGAUGUAUUCAGCAGAGUCUGCUUGGAAGUGCUUGAAAAAUAGGUGGAUUUUCUUCUGGGGUGAUUCAAAUCAUGUUGACACGAUACGCAACAUGCUCAAUUUUGUUCUAGAAUUGCCAGAAAUACACUCAGUCCCUAGAAGGUUCGACAUGAACUUUUCUAAUCCGAAGGACUCAUCUCAAACAGUUAGGAUUACAAGCAUCUUCAAUGGACAUUGGAAUGAAACAAAAAACUACCUAGGAUUGGAUUCUCUGAGAGAUGAAGGGUUCCAAAAUCUGUUGAGGAAGUACUUCUCAGGGGACACAAUCCCAGAUACCGUGAUCAUGAACUCGGGCUUGCACGAUGGUGUUCACUGGCGUAAUGUGAGAGCUUUUUCAACCGGAGCAGACUAUGCAGCGUCAUUCUGGAAAGAUGUUAUGGGAGCAGUGAGGCAAAGGGGGUUAGCAUGGCCAAGAGUAUUUUACAGGACCACAGUUGCAACUGGUGGAUAUGCGAGAUCACUGGCAUUUAAUCCUAACAAAAUGGAGGUGUUCAAUGAAGUGUUCUUGGAGAAGUUGAAGGAAGCUGGGAUUGUAUCCGGGGUGAUUGACAAUUUUGACAUGACAUUUCCAUGGCAUUUUGAUAACAGGUGCAAUGAUGGAGUUCAUUAUGGAAGAGCUCCUAUAAAGAUGAAGUGGCGAGAUGGCCAAAUUGGUCAUCAGUAUUUUGUAGAUCUCAUGUUAGCUCAUGUUUUGCUCAAUGCACUUUGUGAAAGAUAGCUAAUGGAAUGGAAAACUUGCCUGUAAAGGAGUCUAUGGGUUGAAGUAUAGGCAUGCUCUAGAAUAAUGCACAGAAUUCUAGUGGUUGGAAACAGCCUCUUGCGUAAAAAGCAUGGUAAGACUAUGUACAAUAGACUUAGUGGUCGGACCCUUCCACGGACCCGCUCAUAGCGAGACUGCGAGAGCUUUGAUCAACCGGGCUGCCCUUUUUAUUGUGGUGGCUGGAUAAUGAUGAUUGAAGUGGCUUCCACCUUGUUGGGAUUGCAGAUAUGUACUAGACCAGGUCUUUUUCCAAGAGCACUACAACUUUGGUAUAAAAAAAUGGGAGCAGAUUAUGCAA